UUGGAAGCAGGGGGCAGUCAGCUGCAGGCCUUCCCCAAGCUUGGCAAGACACAGGCCAGCUGCGUGGCCCCUCCUUGAUUCCUUUCAGUCAAAGCUCAAACCAGAACUACAUAUUUGGCCCAGGCUGGGAGAACUUCAGGAAUUGGUGGAGGCAUGCAGUGGAGCCUGUGCCUGGUCCUCUGUGGCCUGCUGGCUGGCACUCAAGCUGACCCUGGGGCUCUUCUGAGGCUGGGCAUGGACAUCAUGAACCAUGAGGUCCAGACUGCCAUGGAGGAGAGUCACAUCCUGGAGAAGAUGGCCGCUGAGGCUAGCAAUCCACAGACAGGGGGAAAAGCCAUUAAAGGGCUCAGCAAUAUGAAGGUAAAGGAUGUCUUGGAACCUGUUAUCACAUUGAACUUUGUGCCGGGAGUGGGCAUCUUUCAGUGUGUGUCCACAGGCAUGACCAUCACUGGCAAGAGCUUCACAGGGGGGAACAUGGAGAUCAAUGUGGUCCUCAACAUCACAGCCACCGACCGGAUUCUGCAAGAUGAGGAGACAGGCACCCCUGUGUUCAGGAGUGAGGGCUGUGAGGUCAUCCUGGUCAAUGUGAAAACGAAUCUGCCUAACAACAAGGCCAUCAACAAGUUUGUGGACAGUACCCUGCGCAAAGUCCUCCCUGGCCUGAUGUGUCCAGCCAUUGAUGCUGUCCUGGUGUAUGUGAACAAGAAAUGGACCAACUUGACUGACCCCAUGCCUGUGGACCGGAUGGGCACUGUCAAAUACGCCCUGACAUCCCCACCAGCCACCACAGCUAGCCACAUCCAGGUGGACUUUAGUCCUGUGGUGCAGCUUCAGGAAGGCCAGCUUAUCCCACUUGCCACUAAUGGGUCAUCCCCAGAGUUCCCCGAGGGCUCAGCCAAGGACUCACAACUACUGCUCUCAGACACCUUCCUCACAGCCGAGCUGGCCCUUCUGCAGAAGUCCUUGGAAGUGAACCUCAAGGACAAGAGGGUUAGGAAGCUGUCACAAACCACUAGGACACUGGCUGGCUUCAUCCCACAGGUGGCCAAGUCAUACCACAAACCAAAGCCUUUGCUCAUCAAGGUCAAGAUAAACAAACCCCCCAAGGUUACCAUGAAGGCCGGAAAGAGCCUGAUGCACCUUCACGGCAGCUUGGAGAUGUUUGCAGCGCGUAGACAUGGCAAGCACCCGAAGUCACUCUUCCGCCUGGAGACUCACAUUGGACUGGAAAUCCACUACUCAGUGCACGAGAACCGGCUGCAGAUGGCCACCUCUCUGGACAGUUUAUUGAGCCUGUCCCGGGAAUCUUCUUCAAUUGGCGAUUUCCAAGAGACGGCGUUAACUGGCUUCAUCACUGAUUAUCUCCAGAAGGCCUACAUCCCUGUGGUGAACGAUGUACUCCAUGUUGGGCUUCCACUCCCAGACCUUCUGGCUAUCGAUUACAACCUGUCUGAGUUGGACGUAGUAGAGGAUGCCCUGGUACUGAGCUUGAAGAUGGAAUGACCUUGCAAGACGCUGCCAACUGCCCUCACUGCCGUCAUUCUGAACCUGCAGAGGAGCCCAGAUGUGAGCCAGAUGGGCCUGGCCCUGCCACCAAUGGUUACUUCCUGUGAUCAGGAGAAAGUGCGAGGUCUGGUAGGCCUCAGCAAUAAACAGGAGGAAGACCCUUA